UAUUUUUACUUGAAAUAAAUACAAAAUCUAUUAAUACGUUUUAUCUUUAGGCACUUUCCUUGGUUAUAGUUAAUAACGAGAUAAUGUGCUUUUCAUUACAAUUGAAGCUAAUGAACAAUUAUCUGAAAUAGCCUAUAAUAUUUUUGAACUUGCUGGUGUCACGAAUCGCAUAAAUAUUAUUAAUGAUUAUUCAAAUAGUGUUAUUUCUUAUUUAAAUGUUUAUUCGCGUGAUUUUAAAAUGCUUGAAGAUGCUGGAUUAAUCCAACCCGGAACAAUGAUUAUUGCAAAUAAUGUUAUUACGCCUAAUGCACCAGAUUAUUUAGAAUAUGUUCGAAAUAAUCCAAAUUAUACAUUAACAUUUUAUAAAGGAAAAAUUGAAUAUCGAGAAGAUUUAAAUAAUGGUAUUGAAAUAUCAAUUCAAAAAUAA